CUGUUUGAUUUCCAUCCCGUCAGCCUGAGAUAGAUUGCAGCUUCAAUAGCCGCUCCCUCCACGAUGGGCUGUGGUGCUUCAGCGGCACCGCCGCCAUUGCGGAAGAUCGAUGCUUCGAAGUUCACCAAGGUCUUUGAGAAGGAGAACAUCAUGGAGAUUGCUUGGCUGGACGACGACAAAUGCCUCUUGCUUUCUUGCGAAAAAGUGAUUGAAGAAGGGGCUCCAACCCGUCAGGAAGAUCCUUGGUACAAGCCCCCAGUCAAAGUUGCUGUGGAAGCUUAUGAUGUGAAGAGUAAGGCUUUGAAGAUGUUAUCCACCGUGGUUUCCAAAGAUGACGUCCCUUGUAUGGCCGCCAGUGUUGAUGGGAAGAUGUACGUAGUAGGACUGGGCCCAGAGUUAUACCUCUUCAAUGCCGAUGGUUCAGAGAUCAGCAAGAUGAAACCCUUCGAUGAAUACAGCAGCUGCAGAAGCAUCAGUGUGAGCCCAGAUGGAAAACACAUCGCCGUGGCCUCUGCUCAAGUGAAAAUGAAGGUGAUGAGUGUGGAUGGCACAGAAGUUUUCGACCACCAGAUCAGUGGGAAUUACAAGCCGAAGGCUGGCUUGCACUGGUGGGACAACAAUACUGCACUUGUGCUCUCCGACAGCACGGUUGAAUUGCUCGACAUCUCCGCAAAGAAAGUCUCUGGACAGUGGUUUGGUCCCCCAAAGGGAGACAGUACCUAUACUCAUUCGAUCAACCCUGUGGGAAUGCGUCUUAUGAAGAGUGGAAAGUCUUUCGUGGCCCACAGGGAUGAUGGACAGCUCUUUCGUCUCAAGGGAGGAGAUGGAGGAAAAUUUACGGUGGAAGAAACUUACAAACUUCAUGAAAGAGAAUAUGGACUUUACAACGGCACCAGAUUUGUCGUCCUUAAAGACGAACAGACAGUCAUCUAUGAAAGGCCCAAAGGCAACCGAGACAAUGCAGACCCCGAACCAGACCACUUGGUAAGCCAUGUGAUGGCAAGUGGUGAGAAGUUGGUGCUUGUUCGCGGGGAAGACGCGAAGCUGACGAAGGUGGAAGCGAUCGAAGUGAACUCUUCAGAUACCGUGCUCGCGACCGUGGACAAGGAAGGCGCCAAAGUCUACAGCCUGGGCCGAGCAGAGCCGACGCCAGUCUGAGGGCACUGAGAAGCGCUUAGCAUGUAUACAUGCCAAAGCAUGUAACCGGUGAUGAAACCGGUGAUGAACACUUGAAGUGCUGACAUGAUGUUGAUAUUUUGGAUUUUUGAGAAGAAUGUAUCUGGUAAUUCGGAUCCUUGCACGCUGCACUGGCAAAAUCCAUGAUGGAGCCAAAAAAAA